UAAAAUAUUCUGCCGUAAUUAAUAAAUAGCACUCAUGUUUCCUAUAAAAACACAGGCUGGAACCUUUUGUUUGUGUAUCAAACUCAGAAUUAUACUGAUUUAAACCACAAAACCCUUAAAUUAAUUCAUUUUCGACCCUCAUAAUAGAGAUCUAUUACAGUGAGCUAUGCUUCUUCAUAAGUCUCUCUUAAUUUCUCUUUCUUGAUCUCGUUUUAUUGUUGUGUUUUGUUCGAUGAGAGAAAACAUACACGUGGCUCAAUCCACAGAAGAUAAUCAUCAUCAGAGACAACGAAGCCUAAUAACGAGUUUACGUUCUAAACUAGCAAAUACAUGGAUCACCACCAAAAUCUUCAUCUUCCUCCUCUUCAUCUUCCUCCUUAGUGCUUCUCUCUCUUGGAUGUUUACGUCUGUAUCAGGUGAGAGUAGAUUCCAAGUAACAUCAAUAUUCACAAGAAACACCAACAAAAGUACUACCACAACAACAAAUAUCCCCAAGCUCCUCAUCAAGAUCCCAUUAAACUGCAAAGCAGUCAACAGCAACACCACACAAACAUGUCCUUCAAAUUAUCCAACCAAGUUCAAACCAGAGAUCUCUUCCUCGGAGACAUGUCCUGACUACUUCAGGUGGAUCCACCGAGAUUUAAAGGUGUGGCAAAAGACAGGAAUCACAAGGGAAACACUAGAGAGAGCAAGACCAAACGCUCAUUUCAGGGUAGUGAUAAAAUCAGGGAGGCUAUAUGUUGAUCAAUACGAGAAAGCAUUUCAGACAAGAGAUGUGUUCACAAUUUGGGGAAUACUUCAGCUUCUCAGAAUGUAUCCUGGUCAAAUCCCUGAUCUUGAGCUUCUCUUCCUCUGCCAUGAUAGACCCGCUAUCUGGAAAAGAGACUUUAACAGAAAAAGAAAGAACACGUGGCCUCCUCCGCCGCUGUUUCACUAUUGUGGUCACCGUGAUGCAUACGACAUCGUAUUUCCUGAUUGGAGCUUCUGGGGUUGGCCGGAGCUGAAUAUAAAGGAGUGGAAUAAGUUAUCUGUGGCACUAAAAGAAGGGAACAAAAGGGUGAAAUGGGAUGAUAGAGUUCCGUACGCUUAUUGGAAAGGAAACCCUCAUGUUUCUCCAAUAAGAGGAGAUCUUAUGAGAUGUAACGUCUCCGACAAGUAUGAUCCCAUGGUUCGUCUCUAUGUUCAGGAUUGGAGAAGUGAGAUCGAGGUAGGGUUUAGAGGAUCAAACCUAGAAGAUCAAUGCACACAUAGAUAUAAGAUUUACAUAGAAGGGAAUGCGUGGUCGGUAAGCGAAAAGUAUAUACUAUCGUGUGAUAGUAUGACUCUAUUGGUUAAACCAGAGUACUACGAUUUUUUCAUAAGAAGUAUGGUCCCAAUGAAGCAUUACUGGCCUAUUAGGCCAAACAACAAAUGUGGUGACCUCAAAUUCGCAGUCGAAUGGGGUAACAAUCACACUGAAAAGGCACAGGUCAUAGGGAGACAAGGAAGUGAGUACAUGAUGAAGAAUCUAGAGAUGAAGUAUGUGUAUGAUUACAUGUUGUAUGUGUUGCAAGGCUAUGGGAAACUGAUGAAGUUGGAUGUGACUGUGCCUGAAAAUGCCACCGAAGUGUGUUCGGAGACGAUGGCUUGUCCGAUCACUGAUGGUGGACUGAUCAGGCAGUGCAUGGAUGACUCGUUGGUUAUGUCUCCGAGCGUCAAGGCGGCUUGUUAUUUGCCAAAGCCUUAUGGAGAUUAUGAACUCAAGAGGUUUCUUAAGAAACAAGAACGUACAGAGAGAAAGGUUGAGAAGUGGACCGAUGAGUAUUGGAACUUGAGAGGUCCAACAUAAGAUUGAUUUCUUCAAUCGUGAAAAUAUAAUUUUGAGUUUGGUUUACUUUGUAUGAAUCUAAAUAUAAUCCAAUUAGGCCGGUCUGAUUUAGUUUGUAACUAAGUAUAAUCAUAUUCCGUAUUUAAAUGCAAUUUAUGUUCUUUUUUGUCGUCUUACUAUUCACACAUACACUAC